AUGGAUGUGGAGGGAAAGGAGGAGGAGGAGGAGGAAGAAGAGGAGGAGAAGAGGUUGGAGGACCCCCCAGGGGACGACUGCGCCGAGAAGAUCAGCGUGCGGUUCCAGUUCCCGACGGGGGCGAGGGUCUUGAGAAAGUUCCGCAAGAGUUCCGACGUGCGGCAACUGUUCCUCUUCGUCCGGACGGAACUUGAGGGCGCCAAGGCCAAGCCGUUCGACGUGCGCACCGUGCGACCACCCUGCUCCGUGAGGAGCAAGGAGGGGAGUUCCAUAGAGGAGGCGGGCCUGUCCAACUCGACUGUCGUGGUUGCAUGGGAGGACUGAGGUAACGGGCUGAUUGUCCAUCGUGAGGGAGACACAUGCACAGUAAAUCAUGGUCAUACACACAACUUGGCGACAAGCAUCGCGAGAAAGUGAAUCACGGCAACCAGUCAGCAGUGGGCAGACACACGUUUACUAAGCACGUGGUGUGAGGUUGUUGGAGCAGCGCGUUCGGCUCGGAUGUAAUGUGCAGGCUGCCUAUCAGCACACGUGUGUAGCCAAACUCUUGCGGUACAAUGUCUUGGCUUUUUCUUUCUCUCUCUCCCUCUCUGUUCUCUUUACGACUGGCGGUUGGGCAGCACGAUCGGAGAUGGUGCUAACCACUCCCCCCGCUCAUGCUAACGCGUCAGGAUUUCUUAGCGGCGCCGUGUCUCAACUUGUCUGUGUGUUGUUCAACGUCGAGGAAGCGGGGUUCCGCGGGAUAUUUUUUGUUGUACCGGAGGGAGCGGGGGCAAUCAAUCGUGCACUUAUUGGCCGCAGUUGUAUCCGACGGGAGAGGAAGGGGGCAGACUCGACUCGAGGUCCACUACCUACAUCGCAGACCCUGCUGUGUCUAUCAAAGCAUGCUGCAUCCAUCGAAGGAUUCUCACUCUGUGUCCAUCCCAGCAUGCUGUGUUCAUGCACAGCGACGUGGGAGUGGGGGGCGAAAGCCGAUGUUGUCCGCCACCCGCGUCCACAGAGACGGGAAGAUGGACGGAACGAUAGUAGUACAAGUCGGAGGGGGGCAGAGAAAGGGGGGGGGUUGUACGGCUGGGAUGAUGGGUGGUGGUUUUGGGUGAGUGAUUGUGCGCACAUUCUUCAGUCGAGAUGCUGCUGGACUGCUUCAACUCCCGUGCUGUAGAUUGGUAGUGGCAUGUCGUGGAGGUGUGUCGAAAGGAGGGGGUACAGUACCGAAGUAUCCGAUGCCUGUUUUUUUUUGCGGUGGGUAGUAUUCUAUGUCCGUUGGGUGGUCGUUGCAUGUAGCUAUUGCGGCCCGAUAGACUUAUGUAGAUGCCAUGGGCCUGUGCUUUUGUCCCUCCGGUGGUGGCAUCCACCGCGCGCGCAUUGUUGUAUGAGGCGCUGCCACAGCAUUGCUGGGGGAAACGUUCAUUGGAGUGUAGUUCGAUGGAGCGAGUAGAGCCGAGCAUCGGACACAUUGUCGCCGUUGAUAGGUUGACUACUUCGUAUGCCUGGAAGUGGGCGGUAUCACUACCGAGCCGAUCCCUUACACCGCGUUGGUUUCGGGCGAAAAAGACGCAAGUCACAAAAAAAAAAAUACAGAACUAUCCCCUCACAGAGUAGUGCGU